AGACUAGAAAAGAUAAGGCCUCUCUUCACUGCCUGGAAGGGAAAACAAAAUACCCUCAACUCCGCGUUGAAAAAAAUCUUUCUAAGAACUUUCUUCAGAGAUUUUACUCCUAAUAACAUCUUGCUGAACUUAUAUUCUGAGAACACAUCUUGACCUAAAAGGAUAAAAUUGAUGCUGCAGAUUAGCAUUAAAGUGAAUGGAAGAUAGAUGAUUUAUACAAUGAAGAAAGAACAGAUUUUUUGGGUGUCUGUGUAUCUACUGCUUGAUUGUGCCUCUGCCCCUCUUAGUGCUGUCCUUGAAACUGAAGAUUAUGCAGAUAUUACAGAUGUCGAGUUGCCGCCACUGAAACUUCUACAUUCAUUUUGUGCUUUGAAACCGGAUAAUGGCCCAUGCAGAGCCAUGAUUAAGCAAUUUUUUUUCAACAUCCACACUCAGCAGUGUGAGGAAUUUAUGUAUGGGGGAUGUGAAGGAAAUCAGAAUCGAUUUGCAACUCUGGAGGACUGCGAAGAAAAAUGUACAGAAGUUUAUCCAAAGACUAGGACAAAGAUAAAAUUAGAAAAAGAAAAGCCAGAUUACUGCUUUUUGGAUGAAGACAGUGGACUCUGUCGAGGCUAUAUGACCAGGUAUUUUUAUAACAACGAGACAAAGAAAUGCGAAGAAUUCAAGUAUGGCGGGUGCCUGGGCAAUCAGAACAACUUCAUGUCACUGGAACAAUGCAAGAGCACCUGUGAGGACUUAGCGCACGAUCUUCAGUUGGAAGAAUCUGUGCAGAAUACGGUCAUAUCUGACUCUACGGAUAAUACACUACCCAUUAGUUCUGGGGGCAGCAUGACACCACUUGAUUUGACAAAUAACGUAACCCCGGUUGAUUCUGUGAAUAAUGACUCCGUCGCUCCCCAGCCUACCGAGGCUCCCAGCUUUUUGGAAUUUCACGGUCCUUCCUGGUGUCUGACUCCAGCAGACAGAGGAUUGUGUCACGCCAAUGAGAGCCGAUUCUACUACAAUUCCGUCAUUGGGAAAUGCCGCCCAUUUAAGUACAGUGGAUGUGGAGGGAAUGAAAAUAAUUUUACUUCUAAAAAAGCAUGUCUUAGGGCUUGCAAGAAAGGUUUCAUCCAAAGAAUAUCAAAAGGAGGAUUAAUUAAAACCAAAAGAAAAAGAAAGAAGCCGAGAGUAAAAAUAGUGUAUGAAAAAAUUUUUGUUAAAAAAACAUAAAUUUUGUCACAUUAUUGUAUCAGUUCUAAAUAUUCUGGAUGAAACUUUCCGCUAUAUUUUCUUUCCCAAAAUCCUUUUAAUGAAUAUUUCCAUGAAUUUUCUAUAUACAUAUUAACCACUAUUAAUAAUUAGUAUCAGAAUUAACUUCUUUAUGUAAUCAAAGUGCAUAUCCAGGGGCUGAGUACUAUGAAUUUACUUACUCUCUCAAUCCCUCUCUAUUUCCCAUUGACUACAAGUUGUCAUAUUACUGACCACAUCCAAUCAGUCCAUUUUUACAUUUGGUAUCAGUUGUUCGAAAAUAUGGUGUCAUUUAUUUGUUUUGAUGAUGUAGAUGAUGAUCUCCUUUAUUGCCUACGCACAGAUUAAAAAAUAUAGCCAUUAAAGAUCAAACACCCUUUGGAUUUCACAUCUGAAAUGGUGACAAGCACUUUCUUCUCCAAGGAUUGGUCAGUUGAGCGUUGAGGGAGAGCUGGUGAUAGUACAACCCAUCAUGUGCCUCCCUCCCUGGACAUAUCUCUUCUCC